UACCAACCCAAAAAACCAAUCAGCCUCUUGGCAGAACUGUUACUUUGUCAAGCACAUAUUUUGACCAAACUCGGUCUUAUUUGCCCCUCGUUAACUACAAUAACAACCAGCCCUUUGUCAUUGAAUUCGAUGGGUUGAAAUUAAAAUGUCGUUCCAUAACCAGAUGCAGUGGCAAGUUGGCGUAAUUCUUAUUUGGUUGUAUUUGGCCGUCCCUGCGGUUGCUCAAUGCAAUCCAGAAUGGUGUGGAUCGAAAAAUGUGAGUUACCCAUUUUGGAUUCAAAAUUCAAAUUGUGGACUCCCUGGUUUUCAGAUCAAAUGCAUGAAGAAUCAGAAUGGGAAUUGGAGUCUAUUUCUUGGCACUUUUGUAAAUUCUAAAGAGAGGGAGAUUGAGAUCCUGGAGCUGAGUUAUGUCGGCUAUCUGAUCCUCAAUUCCACUGAUCUGAAAGCCAUGUCAUGUGGUGGAACGGAUGAUGCCUUUGUGCUGUUCGAGUUGCCUCGAGAUGGUCCCUUCACCAUCUCCUGCCUCAAUAAAUUCGUGGUCAUUGGUUGCAAAUCAAAGGGUUCUUUCAAUCUUAAAGAUGGGGGAGGUAAAUGUGAAUCUGCAUGUUUAAGUCAACGUAGUCCAAACUACUGCAACACCUAUGGGUGUUGUGAAGCCGGUAUUCCAGGAAGUCAGAGGAUGAUAAAUUUCACGGGUGGGGGAAUACCAUAUAAGGAUUUUUCCGCAUGCGGGUUCUCCACUAUUCUUGAACCAGGUACUUGGUAUUUGCCUGGAGGCGAACCUGCUGGCUUCCUUGGUGCGGGUCAUUAUGGACUCCGUCUCGAGUGGGGCAUCGGCGAUGGGAAUUGUUCGACGGCCAAAGGAACACCCCAUUACUCUUGCGUCCCUGAAACCAAAUGUUUAAACGCAAUAGCCAGUGGCCACCUAUGCGAAUGUCUUAGGGGCUAUCAAGGGACUGGUUACUCUAACGGCACCGGUUGCACAGAUGUGGAUGAAUGCAGUCACCGAGACUUGAAUCAGUGCGUUGAACCAUCGCAUGGAGGAAUUUGUAAUAAUUUGCCUGGUUCUUACCGUUGUUCAUGUGCAAGGUACUAUAGCGGUGAUGGCUUCCAAAACGGGACAAGAUGCCAGUCGCUGAGGUCAAAUAAAUCCGUCAUUAAAUAUGCGACGAUAGGAUCUGUCUCUUCCUUUGUGGUUGUCUGUUUAGCAGCAUCUCUUUUGGUUUGGUGGUUAAAGAAACGCCACUUGAAACUUGUCGAGGCCAAGUAUUUUCAGCAGUUGCAGCGAUUCAUCGCUUCUAGAGUGGGUAGAGAGAGCCUGAGAAUGUUUUCUGCCAAAGAAUUAGCAAGAGCUUCUAAUAAUUAUUCAAAGGAAAUGGUGCUGGGAAGUGGUGGCUUCGGUACUGUAUUCAAAGGUAUUCUAUUGGAUGGUACUCUUGUGGCCAUUAAAAAGUCCAAGCAAGCUUUAAACCUAGAGGAUGACCAUGAGUUUCUUAAUGAGGUUGCAAUUCUCUCCCAAAUAAAUCAUAAAAACAUUGUGAAAUUGUUAGGGUGCUGCAUACAAACUAAAUUCCCAUUACUGGUAUCAGAAUUUGUUCCGAAUGGAACACUGUUUGAACAUUUACACUCCAAAGAUGGAUCUUUAUCUUGGGCGUCACGUCUGCAGAUUGCAAUCGAGACAGGCGAGGCUUUAGCAUAUCUACAUUCUGGAGCAUCUCAACCCAUUUUUCACCGAGAUGUAAAAUCAUCUAAUAUUCUUUUGAAUGAGAAAUUCUCUCCCAAAGUUGCAGACUUCGGGAUUUCUCGUCUCAUCUCCACUUCCAAUAACACACAUGUCACCACAUAUAAUAUAAAGGGCACAAGAGGAUACUUGGAUCCUGAGUUCUUUCAGACGUCCCAACUCACCGAAAAAAGUGAUGUAUACAGUUUUGGUGUAGUCCUCGUUGAGCUUUUGACAGCUCUGAAACCCAUCUCUGUAGAAAGAGACAGCGAGGACAUUAAUUUAUCUUGUCUUUUUCUGUCGAGACUCGACCACAAUCGCCUCAAAGAAAUCUUAGAUAACAAAGUAUUGGAUGAGGAAAACGUGCAACAGAUGGAAGAAAUGGCAAGGAUAGCCAGAGAAUGCCUUCAUUUGGAAAGGAGGAAGAGACCUUCAAUGAAAAGGGUGGUGGAGGAACUCGCUUGGAUCAGAGGUGGCACAAGAAAAACAAAGUUCGAUGACACUGACGACGAAAUAUUUGAGCAGACAAGUAUUUCCAGAGAAUCAUCACGAACUUCAAGCGAGUUCAGUAGUUUCGAUUUCCCAUCUGCAAGGGAGGGUACCUGGGAGGAGCCCUUCACUGCACAGUUUCAGAUGUCGACCCUACUCUGAAGUAUUGGGAAUUCGCAUGCCAGUGUUUAAUCAUGGCGGCACACACCCUUGGAGCUGCACCACAGUAAACAUCUAUUCCGAAUUCUAACAGUUCAAUUAGAAACUAUCCCGUCAUCUAGGGAUGUGUAACUACUCGCAGUUUCAUGCUUUUUUUCAUGCAACAAAAGUGGAUAGGUUGUGUUUUUCAUCCAGAGGGCUGUUUCAAGAAGAUAAAGCUCAAUGGAAAGUGCAAUACAAGUUUCUUAUGAGGAUGGGGCGAUCAGGCAUGCGAGGAAAUGUAUCUAUUGUUACACGACAUUAGAUAAGCAAAGAGUAGACGUGAAAUCUGAAAUAUAUAUAAAAAUCCACAGAAUGUAGAUUGUGAAGCUGCAGCUAAUGCACUGUACAUUGUCCACAUAUUAAAGCUGGAAAUGCCUUGAGUUCGAUUGCAACAGACAUUGCUUUAUUUUAAUUUUAU